AGCUCUGACAUCGUUGACUCUGCGUCCCUCUCACCACCACUUACGACUCAAACCGACAUACAGCUCCUUCAAAAUGACGAACAAUCUUCGAAAGCGCAAGGCAGAUGCUAUUGCCCCCAUCGCCGCCGAAGCCCGCGAGAAGAGGAAGAAGCCAACACCAUCGAUCAUCGAGGGAGAAGUUGAGCUCGAGGAGGAGUCGUACUCUGGGAGUGAGUGCGAAGUGGACGACGAUCUCAUUGGCAGCGGGGACUGCCCAUGGGAUACCAACUAUGACGACAACGACGAGCAGCACCACGAAGCAGGAGACGAGGCAUCGCACAGCACGACACACCAGGGAAGGCAGGGCCAAUCGCUCAAGAGGGACCGCAGCUUCACCGACCGGCAGCGUUCAAAAGCGGCUCUCUUGGCAUUGGAGAGGUCCUUGACGGAAAUCCCUGGCAGUCGUACCCGUCGGGCGCCACUCAGCGGCGCAGGGCGAGAUCAUGAGGAGAUUCUGGACGGCUGUCCGCUCGGGGGAGGCUCGCAGCU